GCUAGUAGUAGCUCGUACGACCUACAGAUCACCACGAAACCGAUCUGAGCAUUUUUCCACUCCAACUUGACGUGUUUAUUGUUACAAUAAACUGUUUACUAUCACGAUUUGUUGGAUUAUCAUCUGAACAACAUCAUUAUUAUUGUUUUAUCAACACGGUCAUCUACAGUAGUAAAUUAAUUAGAAAAUUAUGUGAAAUUAAUUUAAUUAUUGCGUUUAACUUAUUGGUAAUUAGCUUAGUAAUUAACUCAAUACCACAAGUGUGAUAAGAAAGCAAUGAAGAAGACAAUUAUGCAAAGACAUUAAUCAUUUUUAAAAAAAAAAACUUGACGUUUGUGAUGUGUUUAUCUUUCUCAUUAUGGUUUCAACGGUGUAUUUACAUUAUCAGUUUUGAUUAAUAUUUAAAUAUAAGCUGCAUUACUUAAAGUGUCAAAUAAAAAAUAUAUAUAAAUAUAUCAAUUAGACAAUAAAAAGUGGCUCCAUGCAAUCAAAGUGAUUAUUAUUUGGAGAAGAUUAUUGCGAUGGAGUCACAACCACUUUUAGAAACAUCAUCGCAAAGUAGCGAAGAGAUGGUUCUGCCAAAACCAACUAGCAGCAUUCCAAGACAUAGCAUCGAUUAUAUUUUACAACGUGCUGGACAAAAGAGAACACAUCAAGAGAGUGAGGAAACAACGAGGGACACACAAGAGAGUACUGGCGAAAAUAGCUGUAAUUCAACGGGCGGUGGAAGCGAUGAGGAUAUUAGUACUGCAUGCAGUGAUGAUACUAAUGCAUGUGGUAAGAAGAAGCACCGACGUAAUCGAACAACCUUCACAACUUAUCAGUUACACGAACUCGAACGAGCUUUUGAAAAGUCACAUUAUCCAGAUGUUUAUUCACGAGAGGAGCUUGCAAUGAAAGUGAAUUUACCAGAAGUUCGAGUUCAGGUAUGGUUUCAGAACAGAAGAGCCAAGUGGCGUAGACAGGAAAAAAUGGAAGCUGCUAGGCUCGGAAUUACGGAGUAUCAUCAUACUGCUGGCAUAAGGAAUGUUGGAAGUUCAGCACUAGGUCUUCCAGGCGAUCCAUGGUUAACACCACCAGGAUUAUUAACAGCACUCCCUGGAUUCCUAGCAGCACCUCACACCGGUUAUCCUAGUUACCUAACGUCUCCAAGACGACUACCAUCACCUCCAAAUGUGGCUUCUGUUGGAAAUGGGAUUCCAGGAGCACUGAAUGGAGGAAUUCCUGGAAUUACAACAGUGGGACAUUCACAGCCAUCACCAAGUCCUCCAGGUCAUGAUCCAAGGACUUCUAGUAUCCAAGCCUUAAGGAUGAGAGCUAAGGAACAUGUUGAGAGUAUCACCAAGAGUCUCCAGAUGGCAGGAUGAAGCUGCAAUGAUUAACUACAAGACUAGACUAACGUACCUCGAGAUUUUUAAAUGAUUAAUCGACUUUCUAGUCGAAUGCAGGGAAAUUAUCAGAACAAAUUAGAGUCAAGAUUCAUUUCCUUCCGUCGCUGUUACAAAGACUUUGUAUUGGAGGUUGCAAUGUGCAAUAAAAAGCGACGACUGGAGUCUAAGACUAAUUUGAAAGAAUUACUUUCUUAUGUCUUUGAAGAACUAAUAAAGACAGUGUAGGAAUAAAUAUAAAUAAAGACUAUUUGGUGAUAAUGCGCGAGUUUGAUGAUCAGAGUGUAUGCCACAAACUGAAACAAAAUUCAAUCGCUGCUAAUUAGAAGUAUCCAGUAUAAAUAAAAAAUAAAAAUUAAAAAAAAUAGAUAUAUAAAAUGAUAAAUUUAUAUGUAGAGCAUGGCUGAAAAUGAGGAUCAUCAAAUAAAUUGGUUGAAUCCAAAAUGUGCGAGUUUAUCUAGAAAAUUUUAGUCUAGACACACAAGACACACAACAAUCAAUUUAAAAAAACAAAAAAAAAAAGAAUAACCAAGAGAAAACAAAAGGUGAAUAACAUUCAUAUAAAUAAUAUUAUACAGUAUUAAUAAGUUGUAAGACAAAAAAAGUGGAUUGUGUAGCAAAAUAAACGAUGUUGUGCGUCGGGGACAUUGAAGAAGAGUAGAUACAAAAAUAAAAUAAAAAAUUAAUAAUUUUAUUUGUGUAAUUAAUAAUCCCCAGUGAGAAAAGGUUGAGUACUGCCGACAUACAUGAUGCUUUUUAAUCAACCUUUUGACGCGCAAUGAACUCCUAAAUAAAAUAAAUCGUUGGAAGGUAAUAUAUGUUUUUAUCAAAACCCUAAAAAUGAGAGAAGUCCCAACGUCGCUACCGAACGUCUAUUUGUAUAUAAUUUCUCGUGAUGAAAUAAAAAUUUGAUGUACAUA